AUGCCAGAUUGGAAGGCUAUCCAGCAACAGAACGACAGGUUUGAAGCCCUGCAGAGAGACCUACCAGCCUCUGCCUCAUUGCAGGAGAUGGAAAAGAAAUAUCUAAAUUCUGAGCGUUGUGUUCAGAACCUAAUGGCUGCCUUGGAGGAGAAGGAAAGAGAAACAACAGCUUUUGCCAAGAAACUGCAGGACCAGGUGUUGAAAAAUUUGGAGACAGUGAAACAACUGCAAGAAGAGAUGCAACGCCUUGGAUUUGAAAAGACCUGUUUGGAAGCAACUGUCCAACAACAAAGCAGCAGGAUUGAAGCCCUGCAGAGAGAGCGUCAAGCCACUACCUCAGCACAGGCAGCCUCCCAGGAGAGACUGGAACACAUCAAAGCAAGUCAUCAUGCUUCUCGGAGAAACCAGCUAAAAGACAGAAUUGGACAUCCUGAAUGUGAAUUGGACAAGAUAAAAAAGACUCCACAAGACAGUACUUUCCCAAAAGAAUGUGCACAGGCAGAAGUGGAAGAGGACAAGGAGCUGUAUCCGGAGGAAGUGAAAACUAGACGAUGCCUAGCAAAGAAAGUGGAAAGAGCUAAAGAGAGCCUUGAUAAAGCCAAUGCUAAGCACCUCUGGAAGCGCCUUAAAAAGCAAUCGUCAGUCACAGGCAGCACUGUCAGAGGAGGUCUGGCUGCAGCUCCAGUUCUGCGUUCAAGUGCACUGGGACAUCUUGGCAACCGUUCAGGACUGGACAGUAGUGUGAGUGCAGGAGACAGCUUGCAAAGGCAACGUAAGAAGUGCUUGUCAUCAAGAAGGAGGCUUGUAGCCUCUGUGGCCAAGGUACAGCUGGAACAGGAGGAAAAACUCUCUAAGAAAAUGGAAAAAGCCACUGAUGAACUUGAAACUGGAUUUGCUCGACUUUCAAAGAAGUUUCAUUUGCCCCAGGAUCGCCUUUCCAGAGCAAAAAAAUAUUAGUUCUGCCUCACAGUCUUUUCCUGACCCAGUCUCUCUCUUCUGCCCGAGUCUUCGGUUCUUCCCUCCCCACCACGUGCAAUGACUUCGCCGGUGUCACCGGUCUCCAUCUCCUUUGUAACCCAAGAGGUCGGCAAUUCCAGGCUCCAGCCGUGUCUCUCGGAGUCUGUUCACAGGACUAGCGUCACCCAUCUUCGCGCCCUUGGAUAUCCCGAAGGUUGGCACUUCACGGCCUCUUGCCUCGGGCUCCCACCCAACGCUUACCCUGCAGCAGUCGGCAGCUCGCGAGCCCAGCUGCCUGGGCCAGACGUGUUCCUCAGCAUCUGAUCAGGCACGUAACUAGA